AGGUGAAUUCAGAUCCUGCAACCCCGCGACAAACGAAACGUGUGUUUUGACACAGAAACCGAGCUCAGGGUCUGUGCUUCACUGGACUAAAAAGCAGUACACCAAGAGUUAUGGAAAACUAAACAUUCUGUAAUCCAGCGCGGUUCCUGUCAACUCGAACUCCAGCCAUUCUUCCUGCCUUCAAACAAACUGAGUAAAAAGAGGGAGGAGCCGCUAAAAUCAACUUCAGUUCAUAUAUUAUCAUAAGAAACCAGCGCCCUGCUGCUACUACAGAGCUGCUCCUCAGAGACGAAGUUGACCGAUCCAGCAAGUAUUUGCCAACUUUCAGCGGAGCGAUGGGGGAUUUGAUCUCAACUCAUCUGGACGAGGCCAAACGGGAGGUUAUAACAGCACGGACAGGGGAGCUGAUGGGAGAGUUUGGUCGGCUAUAUGAGCAACAGUAUGCAGUCGCUCUCUUUAACAAGAUGCGCUUUGACCUCGAGAGUGGAGGAGGACCCCAGAAUCAGCUCCUGCACAGGAAGGUGCCUCUGAAAAAUAAAUCCAUCUUCUCAGGUGCUUUGUUCCAGUAUCUAGAAGAUAACAAAAAAUGGAGGAAUCGUUUUCUCUUUAUUCCUGACUCCUACAACAUCAACUAUUAUGAAAACAAACAGGCUCAUGACAGAGGGCUGCAUCCUAAAGGCACCAUUAACUGUGCUGGCUACAGGGUCCUGACCUCCAUGGAAGAAUAUCUCGAGCUCCUUAACACCAGCCUACCAGGUGUAAAAGCUAAAGUUGGCAGUUCUCCAUUCCUGAAAUGUGCGACGCAGUUUCCCCUCAUUCUCUGGCAUCCUUACGCUCGUCACUACUAUUUCUGCGUGGUCACGGAGAAGGAGCAGCAAAAGUGGAGCGCUGUCUUUCAAGACUGCGUCAGACACACCAACAAUGGACUGCCUGAAGAAUGUAAAGUUCAGACCCCCGCGUUCACAGAUGCAGUGCGACUCUAUCGACAGGCACAUGGUCACUAUGGAACCUGGGACAUGAUGUGUGGGACUCCUCCACAGAUCCUUGCCAAUCUUGUCAUGGACACCCUCCUCCCUGAGAUGAGAGACCUCAUUACCCCCAAACUAAAGGGCAAGAUGCAUGAGAGACAGAGGAAUUGGAUGCUGAUAUCAGAUGCAGUGUACGGGCUGGUUCAGAGCCAGACUCAGGCGCAGUAUGAAGCAGUAGUGCAGAGCUGUGAAGCAGGUCGCCCCCCACUGGAAACCACCAUCCGCACAGACAUGGACCAGAUCAUCACUUCCAAAGAACAUGUGACCAGCAAAGUAAAAGUACUUGUGCUGCCCAAGGCAGAGAAGCUUCUGAAGGUGAGUAUCCAGCCGUACAUCAGCUCAAUCCUGGAUGCGCUGAUGGAGCCCACCAGCAGAGGCUUCUUUGAGGUGAAAGACUUGUUCUUCAGAGAACUGGUAGACAUGAGCAAGAACCUCCUCAAUGAUGGCAACAAGGAAAAACUUGGAGAGCACAUGGAGAAGAUCUCCAUGCUAGCCUUCCAUCCGGUAAAGAUGCAGAGCUGCUAUGAGAAGGUUGAGACUCUGAGUCUAGAGGGACUUCAGCAGCGCUUUGACGUUUCCAGCCCCUCCGUGUUUGUCCAAAGAGCCCAAAUCCUAAUGCGAGAGCAAAUGGAUGAUGCGGUCUACACAUUUGAGCAGCUCCUGCACCAGAGUUUGGAGGGCCAGGAAAAGGAGGAUCUCUGUAAAACCGUCCAGCGCUGCCAGGAUCGUGUCAUCAAGAAAUUUGACUAUGACAGCAGCACAGUUCGUAAGAAGUUCUUCAGAGAGGCUCUUCUGCAGAUUUUCAUCCCUUACAUGCUGAAACAGCUCUCACCAUCAUGCUCUGCUGAACUCCCUCAUUUCAAGGAGCUCAUUUUUGAGGAUUUCUCUCGUUUCAUUCUGGUGGAGAACAUAUUCGAGGAGGUGGUGCUGCACACCGUCAUGAAAGAUAUAAUGAUGGCUGUGAAGGAAGCAGCUGUCCAGAGGAGACACAACCUGUACCGAGACAGUAUCGUUUUGACCGACAGCGACCCUAACCUUCACCUGCUGGGGGAGAAUCCUCCCAUCGACUGGGCUGAGGAAUAUGGAGGAGGCCCAGAGGAGGUGGAUGGAGAGCAUAACACAGGAGAUCCGGAGGUUCAAAGACGGCGCAGAGUGAAGCAGGUGGUCUCCAUGAUCCAGAUAGAAGGCAAUGCCUCUGUGCUGCCCAACGAAUCAUGCCUGGAAGUGCCCGCUGUAGACGAUAUUCCAGAAGAGGGGACGGAGGUACGUUCAGACACCUCAUUAUCCCAAAAGUCAGAGAAGCAAGUGUCCAAUGGAACCAAAGAGGAUGUGAACAAAAAUGCAGUUGAUGACAAACCACCAACAAACAGAAGUAUACUAAAAGAGGAAGAAAGCACAACAGAAAGGUCACUACAGGACACAGCGAGCAAGUCAGCCAUAGACUCUGCCAUACAGGAAAUCGAGAAAGCUGUACAGGAAGAGGAACAUGAAGUCAGGACACAGGAAAUUGCAGAGUCAUCAUCCUCAAAAGAAGAAACUGCGGCCGAGGAGGUAAAACCCACCUCAAAUUGUGAAGAUGGGGCACAAAUAAAACCAGCAGAGACCAAUAAAGAUACAACUUCAAGCACAGAAAAGCCUUCGGAUUCGCCAGUAAGGGAAGAGAAAGCAGUGACACCACCAGACCAGCAGGAAAAUCACAUUAUGGCGAGCACUCAAGACUCCCAGACGGAGAAUCCCAUCGCUUCAUCACAGCCGGAUGACAGCGGAUUCCAGUCGUCCACUAAUGAAGCAGCAGAGGAGGAGCACCAGGCGGGAAAGGAAGAAUGCAAUGACUCUGAAACAGGAGAGGACACUGGGAAGGGAGAAAGUGCACAUAUGGAUCACCAGUAAAAUAUCCCAUGAACUAUUUUCAUUUACUGUGUGUUUAUGCCUGUAAACAGUGAGUAAAUGCAUCACCCACUGCUCUAAAAUGACUUUUGACUGAUUGACGGGGGCUUUUUUUUUUUUUUUUUUUUUUGUGGCGUUUUUGCCCAUAAAACACUUUUGUCUCACUACUCUUGACUGUAUAGACAUUAUUGUCUAUAUCUUUUUGCAUGCACACUGUCACAUUGUUUUGCACUUAAAAAAAGUCACUCUUAGUUAGAGCUGGGCUCAAAUAUGAACACUUUCUAGGUCAAAAUGUCUUCACCUUUCUGUUCACGAUAUUCACCUUUAUUAGAGAUCUCCAUUCCUAGUUUAGUGUCAUUUCAUAUGUGCAUGGUGCAGAAGAAUGAUGUCUUUAUUUUAUGCAACAGUGAUAUGCUGAAUCAAGGCAUCUUUUUGAGGAAGUUUGAGGAGUUGGAGACAUUUAGCUAGUGCACUAAUACUUCCUGGAAUGCCAAACAAGCUGCAUCUAGUGAAAGCUUGUUUAAGACUGGAGUAUUGCUUGUAUUGCUGCAGCUGGUGGAGUAAGCAUUAUUUUCUUAAACUGCCAUCAUUUGUUGUGAUGACGGAAUUGACUGCAUUAGAUUUUUCAUUAACCAGGUCAAACAAGUGUAACUGACUGCGAGCCAUUUUCAUAUGGUGCAUUUUCCCUCCUUUUUCAUUGUUCAAUCUUUUGGAUUUUUUUUUUUUUAUUGCAUAUGGUAAUUGCAUUAUGAUAUCAGACAGUAUCUUCUGGUUUGCAUGCACGAUAUAGUUACAGACUGAAAUUUCAAGCAAGUUUUUGAUGUGUAAAAUGUUAUCAAUAGAAUCUGACUCCUGUAUAUGACCACAACAGCUUCCUAAUUUCUUCUUUUCUGACUUUUUAAAGUAGUUUUAUAUAUGAAAUGACAACGACUUCAACUUUUAACUAACGUAAUUGGAUAUUUUUAUUUAUUAGUUACAGCACUUGGUACUAUAGAUUAUCCUUUUAAAUUGUAUCCUGCCCAAAUCCUUUUGUGUUAUUAUUGUAUUAUUUUUUAGAACAAUAAAUGAUUAUUGCUGA